UACGAUAAGCCAUUGUAUAACAUACAGAAAAUGUUCAUGUCGUGUUUACAAGAAAUGCCUGAAAGUGAAAAUAUUCAAUUAUGUUUACAAGAUUUCUUCAUUGAAGGGAACACCGAGGUGCACAGUGAGCAGUUACAACGGUUGUUAAAACAAAAUAAAUCCAACAUAAAAUCACUUUAUAUCAACAUCAAAGAUACUUCCAGCAGUUUAGGUGAAAUUAUAGAUUUAUUCUCUCUCACAGAUCUCAGUCAUAUACAGAAACUUUACUAUUAUGGUGACGAGGAGAAGGAGGCUCAGAUAAGUCGGAUAUUGUUUCCCAGUUUACAUUACGUUACUUUGUUGUGGGGUACAUGGACAAAUGAUGAAGAGAAUCUGAAUGAAAACAUGGCGCGAUGUCAAAACUUGCAAUAUUUUAAUAUUGGCAGCUUCACGUUAUCUCACAAAAUACUGGAAACAAUUUUCAAUUUUAUCUCCGGUCAAAAAUCAAUGAAAGAGUUAGCAUUGGAGUGGUUAGACUGUAAAGGACAUGGCGGCCAUGAUUGUAAGAGAUGGAACUUGAACUUGUCUCAACAUUCAACUCUAUCAAAGUUACACUUGUGGCAGUUACCUGGGAGGCUACAAUUAAAUAUAUCAACACCGCCAUUAGUUGAUGUUAUGUUGAUGGACAUCAAUCUAGAUGAAAGUUCAUUGUUACUGUCACGUGACAUGUUGAAUAUUAAACGUGUGGUGUUGAGUGAGAUAGAAAUGUCUGCAGAAAGUUUAAAGAACUUUAUUAUCGUGCUGGAAAAGCUGCCGCAGACAGUUACAGUAACGAUGAGAUACAUUAGACCGUACACAGAAUAUGACCGUGUUAGAGAAUAUAUUCGGAGAUCACAAACUUUUCAUAUGAUACAAGAAGGCAGGCGGAGGCAGCAGCUAUUUGAGUUCAGAACAAUAAAACCAAGCAAAGAAUAGACAAGAAAAAGCAUUGUGAAGUAAAUCGAAGAAAUUACUUCAAUUAUUUUAAAUAAUUAAAACAAUUUAAAUAUGGACACUUACAAAAUGGCGGCUCUUCAAACUUUACUUUUAUCUUCAAUCUAUAAGGACAUACAUGUACAUCCGUUUUCAAUUAAUAAAUUCAGUGACAAGUAAUUAUAGAUAAAAAAAUAACUGAAAGAAAUAAUUCAUGGAAGUCUUUACAGGUUUUUACCGAUCUUUAUGGAUAUAAAAGUUGGAUUAAGAAAUGGAAAUAUUUCACAGCGGCAUUGGAUCAAAUUUUCAAAUUAUUUAUGAUGCAGAACCUCUUGUGACGUUUACCAUUAUGAUUUGUGUGGUGAUAGAUCAAUUUUAUUGGGAUGAUGGGAUAUGUUUUGAACAACUUCUUUGGAAACAGAAGUUUCAUGUUUCUUGCAUGUCAAG